CCAGUGUCGUUUAAGCACGGCUCCAAGGCAACCGGUGCUGCCUUUCGAUGACGUCAACUGGCCAACAACAACAAUAACAACAAAAUCAGUGCUGUCAGGGCCGAGGAGCGAGCUUCGUACGUGAAUUUCCAAUGGAAAGUCCGAGAAGAAUCGAAAGUGACCACUCCAGGGAAGCUGGAGAUCCGGAGGGUGAACGCCCAACGGAGAGUUGCGCCCAAGCUGCGGGGACAACUGAGGCGAUGAUGAGGCGAAACGUCCAGCAGCCCGCUGGUUGCCGACAGCUCAGAGGCUGGGAUCUGCUCAGUGGUAUUGCAGAGGUGAUUACCUGGAAGAGACCUCUGCGGUGCACAGCCGUCUUCUUAACUACUAAUUUAAUCUUCUGGUUUGUAGCCCUUUGUUCCUGGAGAGUUUACAACACACUGGCUCUGGGCUUGAUGGUCUUAGUGAUGGUUCAGAUGAUAAGAGACGUAAUGAUGUCCAGACAAAGAGGAGCCUAUAUAUGGCGAAGCAUGAGCGAAAGCUGGGAAGUCAUUGACUCCAGCCAGGAGAACAGGGAAGAGGCCAGCCAGCUCACAGACUCCUGGUUGAGCUGCAAGCUGCUCCUCCAGGAAAUGUCCUAUUUCAAGCAGCAGAACCCUGGAAAGUUCUGCCUCCUAGCCUGCAGCUUCUGCUCCUUCUUUGCCGUUCUGGGACGUUACAUUCCAGGAAUCGUCAUUUCUUACAUAGCGGUUCUGGCUGUCUUCCUCUGGCCACUGCUGUCGUCCCAUGAGUUUGGGCUGUGGGUGGAUUCAGUUCUGCAGAAACUGGAUUUUGGAGUCGGGGACUUCCUUCAGAGAAUCAAAGAAAACCAUGAAAAAAGAAUGAGUCAGAGACAAGAGGAGAGCAGCGAUACUGACCUAUCUGCACUUUUCCCCAAGCUGGACUCGUCCAUUUGCAAAGAGCUCUCCAUAUCAGACACCGAGGUCUCCCAGGCAACCUGGACGGAGAACACCUUUGAUCUGUCAGAGGGACACACUCCUGUGACUGAGGACUCAGAAGAUUUGGAUCCCCACAAUGGCCAAGAUGAGGCGUUCGCCAGUCGGCUCCCAGAGUUCCCGUCGGUGGAGAACGGGACGUGGACCAACAGCGACGACGACGAUCUGAGCCUGGGCCUGCAGGCCCCACCGCCCAUGGGGAGCACGCGCCCCCAGCAGCAGGCCCCUGGGUCCCUGGCGAUGGAGCUGAUGGACAGGAUGGCCGGGGAUGUAAUAGUGGCAGCGGUGACAGCGGCCAUCCAGGAGCAGCUGGAGCCCCGCCCCGCCGGACCCCGGCCCACAGGCUCGCAUCAGCCUCUGGACUUCACCGAGGACUCGGACAGUGAGGCAGAGGGCUUUGAGCUGCUGGACCAAUCAGAGCUGGAGCAGCUGCAAGGUGAGCUGGGCCUGGAGAGAGUGGCCCAGGAAGCCCCUCCCAAGCCCUCUAAACCCUCCCUCUUCUCAAGACUGCUGGGACGCCACUGAUAACGAGGCUGUGGGCGGAGCCGUGGGAGCAGGUGGGGCCCCGCACAAGGAAGACUAUGAGGGUCAACGGCAGGGGAGGCCAAUACAAGACAUGGUAUUCCUUUCUUUCUUUCCAGUAGAACCAAAUCAUCCUGAAUCAAACUGUUGAUAGAAGUGAUAACCCUUGGAUGGAAGUGCAGGAGGGGUUGCUUUGGACCCCAAAGUAGGUGUUUCUGAAAGAGUCCGUGACUUUAGCGACCCGCUACUCCCAACCUGUUUUGCUACAACAAGCAGCUGGACUAGCUAGGGUUAGCAUCACAGGUGCAACUGUCAAAGGACUAAGCUGUGUGCUUCCUGUCCCACUGCCGAAUCCUUCUGGUCUGUCACAACCUGUGGGUACCAGCUAACCUCGGUUGGUCCAUGGUACUUCACCGUGCCCUCACACAUAAAGACAAACAGCCAGAUCUCAGUAAUGCCACCUUGUGUUUGGAGAUGUAAUCAGUGUACUCUUUGACAGGGAAAUGUAAUCAGCAUACUCUGUGUGCAGAUUCUGAACUGAUUCACCACAAUACAACACAUCCAUGUUAGAAGCAUGAAAGGAUUAUUCCCAGUGAGGCUGAAUCUACUGAAGAACCUUCAUGUCUACUUUUUAAUUUUUUACUUUAGCAUUAAUGCAUUUUUCACACUAUUUUAAGGGCCUUUUCAGACUAAAGCCAUUUAAUAUAUACAUAAGUACUUAAGCUUUAAGCUUUAAAUGUAUGAUAUCAAAUUAGAAAAUGCAUAGACGCAUUGACAUUUUGGUUGUUUGUACAGCCCUUAGGUAAAGAAAGUAAAAUUGCAAAAUAAUCUGAAAAUAUUAAAAGUACAUUUGUAACACUGCAAUUAUUUCUGGUUUUAUUUUACCAAUUUGUGACUUAUUCUAUGCCUGUUUAUCAGUUAAUUAAACAUUGUUAUUACAUUACUAGAAAGUAAUACUUAAUUCAGGUCCCUUAAAUAGUCUGCCAAACAAAUAUCUCUUAACUGUUACCUAUUUUGCUGGAAAUCAUGAAGCACUUCUUGUUUUGUUUCACCUAGAUGGUCUACUGUAAUAGAUUUUUAAUGAAGUAAUAUCAAUAGGUAUUGCAUGGAUAAUCCUGUUUUAUGUCCCCACAUUGUAUAUUUUGUAUUUGAACUUGAACGUAGAGAUUUGCAUAACCUAUGCACUUCAUACAAAAUUGAAAUUGAAUAGACAUCUUUCAAAUGUGGAGAGUUUCUAAAUUAAUAAAAUAAGUUAAAGACCUUUGAUUUUACUUAAAGUGUGAUCCUAGUAGAAUCACUUCAGCUCAUAGCAAAGGCAGUCAUGGACAUUUUAAAAUAUAAAAAUGGCAUUAAAAUGAUUGUAUGGUAAAAAAAAAAAAAAACUUUUAGUGUCUGAUUUCUUUUCCUAAACUCCGGGUACAUAUAAUUAGAGCGCAUCACAGUUUCAUCUU